GUGUUUCCCUCUCUCUCUCUCUCUCUUGUUGUCUGUGUGUGUUGGUUGGCAGAUGGGCCUAUUGCAGAGCCAGUGUCUGAGCGGGUGAGAAAGAGAGAGAGAGAGAGACUUGUUGGGUUGACAAAAGUGGACGUGUGGGGAGGGGGAGGAGGAGGAGGAAAGGCAACACCGAUGCCUCCCUGUUGUUGCCGGGGCUGAACCCGACCACUUUCCCCCCCACUUCCACUCCCUCUCUCUCCCUCCCCCCCCCAUCAUGUCUCGUCUGCGGCAGUUGGGGUUGGCGAUGGGAGCGGCGGUCGCUGUCCUGGGGAGCGCUCUGUUCAUCUCCUGGAAAUACUUCCACCGCAAAAGGCGCUGCUCAGAAGAGGAGUACGAGGUCAUUAAGGAGACAGAUGCAAGAGAUAAGCAGAUUCUUGUUCUGGGAUUAGAUGGUGCUGGGAAAACCAGUAUUCUGAACUGUUUGGCAACCAGCAAAGUGAAACGUAGCACAGCACCCACCCAAGGCUUUAACGCAAUGUGUAUACACACAGGAGACUGCAAACUGGACUUCCUGGAAAUUGGUGGCAGCUACAACUUGCGAUCAUACUGGAAUCUGUACCUAAGUAGAGCUCAGUUGCUGGUGUAUGUGGUAGAUGCUGCAGACCAUGAACGUUUGCCUCUGGCUAAGCAGGAGCUACAUAAGCUGCUGAAAGAAGAUCCACAGCUUCCACUGGUGCUUUUGGCAAAUAAACAGGAUGUUGACGGGGCUCUUAAUAUUUCUGAACUUCACAGAAAUCUUUCACUCCAUAAUGUGAAUUAUGAAAGAAAGCUUUUCCUCAUGGCUACUAACGUCACUCAAGAUGGAACAGAUGUCCCAAAAAGUAUCUAUGAUGCCAAGCAAGUUAUCACUCAACUUGUCAUGCCAAAAUGAGCAAACACUUCCACAUUUAUGGAGAGGUGAUAAUUGCACAGCAUAAUUCAUCAUUGUCCUUUCAUAGUUUACCAAUAGGUCAGACCAGGAGGUGAAAAAUAAUAAUUUACUUUUGCCAGAAAUUAGAUAUCGAUAAUAAUGCUUCCAUUUGAUAUAGAAGCUUAACACAUUUUCGAGACGUCUCAAAAUGAUUCACAGAAUAGUAAAGUACAGAACAGUACUUUACUAGUACACAGAACAGUAAAAUGAAUUGACUUUUUUUGUGGACGAAACGCAGCAGCAUUUAAGAUUAGAAAAAUACAUAAAACUAACACUAAUUGUCAUUCAAUUUAAAACUACACCAUAUAAAA